UCUCUCUCUCUCCUUGAAGAAUUUCUUUUUUCUUUUAGUUUUUUUUAGUGUUUUUAUAGACUUUUUCCCAUCUGGGUCUCCUUUUAAUUCUCAUUCUCUCUUCUUCCCAUUUUGCAGCUUCAAAUCUCUCUGUCUCUCUCCCUCUCCCUCUCCAUUGAAGAAGCCAUAGCUGUUAAUCUUGAGAAAGCUUAUUCCUUUGAGGGUUUUGAAGAACAAGAAGAGAGAGAGAGAGAGAGAGAGAGAAUCAAGACAUAUCCUCCAUGUUUUGAUGUUUUGUUUUGUUUCUUGACGUGUUUUUCUUCUUCUUCUUCUUCUUCAUAAUCCAAUUCUCAUAUGUUGUAGCUAAUUAAGGGUUAUCUCUCUUUCUGAAACCUUGGGUUUUUCUUGUAUUAAUAUCUCUCCCUCUCUCCAUUUCUGAAAAAGGGUUUUGAUUUUAAUAUCAACAACAAGAACAAGAGAGAGAGAUUUCUUUCUUUCUCUCAAACCCCAAAAAAAAAAACAAAAAAAAAGACCAAAUUGAUUCAUCAAAUUUUGGUAUUUUGUGUUGUUUUUAUCUCUUGGAGUUUUCUCCAAAAAAAUGUUUGCCACAACAAUGUCCAAUUCAACUUCUUUGUCUGAAGAAGUUACUGUCUCUUUAAACUCUCUCCUUCCACCACAAAAGAUCAAGAAGAAACGAAGCCUCCCCGGAAACCCAGACCCAGAUGCUGAAGUGAUAGCACUUUCACCAAGAACACUUCUUGCUACGAAUAGAUUUGUGUGUGAAAUUUGCAACAAAGGCUUCCAAAGGGAUCAAAAUUUGCAGCUUCAUAGGAGAGGUCAUAAUUUGCCGUGGAAAUUGAAGCAAAGAAACAGCAAAGAAGUGAAGAAGAAAGCUUAUGUUUGUCCUGAGCCAUCUUGUGUUCAUCAUCAUCCUUCAAGAGCUUUGGGAGAUCUCACGGGAAUCAAAAAGCAUUAUUGUAGAAAACAUGGAGAAAAGAAAUGGAAAUGUGAGAAAUGUUCGAAAGUUUAUGCUGUUCAAUCGGAUUGGAAAGCUCACUCCAAAACUUGUGGCACUAGAGAAUAUAGAUGUGACUGUGGAACCCUCUUCUCAAGAAAGGAUAGCUUCAUAACCCAUAGAGCCUUUUGUGAUGCUUUGGCUGAGGAAAGUGCACGGCUUUCGGCUAACCAAUUCGUCAUCGCGCCCGAGGUUGAGGCGGCCGAGGUUGGGGCGGCUACCUCCGCCCAAUCUCUUUUCCCUUUUGGUAGUCAUAAUCAAUUCCCUAGCUCUUCGCUGUCACGGUCGCCACAAACUUAUAUGUCCCUUAACCCUUGGGAUAAUCCCCAAAACCCUAACCCUAAUCAAACCCACCAAAUUAUCAAGCCAGAAGACUCACAUUCUCACCAUUUUCACCAAAUUCCAGCUUUGCCCCUCGCCGGCUCCUCCCCAAGCAACGCCACCAACAACCCUUUUGGUAUAAUUCAAGACCACCACCGCCGCCAUCACCACCACCACCAGAAGGCAGCCUCUUCAUCCUCCUCUUCCAUGAUAGCCACACCGUUUAGGAACCUCCACGUGUCGGUGAAUCCAGCCAUGUCAGCUCAUCUAUCAGCCACUGCCUUACUCCAAAAGGCUGCAACAGUUGGGGUUGGAGCUGUGAAAUCCAGUCAGCAUCAACCCGAGUCAGUGGGCCAUAUGACUCACUUCAAUAUGCCUGACAUCGCCGAGUUCGCUGCACCAACUCAUAUGGACUCGCUGACUCAUCAACUCGGCCCCGACUACGCCACGUGGCAGAAGACAGAUAGACUGACCAGGGACUUUCUUGGUUUGACUGGCGAUGGGAACGGCGGCGGAGGUGGCAGUGGAGGGAUGCAGGUUAGCAUGAGUGUCAAGGAUAUGCUAACGUACGCUGGAGGAUUGGAGAUUUUUAAGCCUCAUAAUAAUAAUAAUAAUAAUAAUAAUAAUAAUAAUCAUAGUGCUUUUGGUUUUGCGGAGCCAGCUGCCAAUGAAACUUGGGACUGCUGAGUGAAACGAUGUCGUUUUCGUGAAUUUUUCCAAUGUGUUCAAUUACAAUUUCUCUCGGGAGAUUAUUAAAUUUUAAUUAAUGUUUUCUUUUUUUUGCUUUCA